AUGGAGCCCUCAGACAUCCCAGAGUCCACCACCUCUUAUGAGUAUGAUCCUCAGAGCUUUCUGUGUGAGAAGAGGACCUUCGUCUUCGCCACCGUCAGCACCACCAUCCUCUACUGCCUGGUGUUCUUUCUCAGCAUGGUGGGCAACAGCCUGGUGUUGUGGGUCUUGGUGAAGUAUGAGAGCCUGGAGUCCCUCACCAACGUCUUCAUCCUUAACCUGUGCCUCUCAGACCUGGUGUUCUCCUGCUUGCUGCCCGUGUGGAUCUCGGGGUACCACUGGGGCUGGGUGCUGGGAGAUGUUCUGUGCAAGCUCCUCAACAUGGUCUUCUCCAUCAGCCUCUACAGCAGCAUCUCCUUCCUGACCAUCAUGACCAUCCAUCGCUACCUGUCGGUGGUGAGUCCCAUCUCAUCCCUGCGCGUCCACACCCUCCAGCGCCGUGUGCUGGUGACCGCCGCCGUGUGGGCGGCCAGCAUCCUGUCCUCCAUCCCCGAUGCCAUCUCCCACAAGGUGUUCCCUUCGGGCUGUGACUAUGCAGAACUCGAGUGGUUCCUCGCCUCCGUCUACCAGCACAACAUCAUCUUCCUGCUGUCCGUGGGGGUCAUCCUAUUCUGCUACGUGGAGAUCCUCAGGACCCUGUUCCGCUCACGGUCCAAACGGCGCCACCGGACCGUGAGGCUCAUCUUCACCAUCGUGGCGGCGUACUUCCUCAGCUGGGCUCCCUACAACCUGAUCCUGUUCCUGCAGACACUGUUGAAACUGGGGGUCAUUCAGAGCUGCGAGGUCAGCCAGCAGCUGGAUUAUGCCCUGCUCAUCUGCCGCAACAUUGCCUUCUCCCACUGCUGCUUCAACCCGGUGCUCUACGUCUUCGUCGGGGUCAAGUUCCGCAGGCACCUUAAAAGUCUGCUCCGGCGCUUCUGGCUCUGCCGGCAGCAGGCGCCCAGCCUUCCUCAGUCACCUCACCCCCCAGGUGCCUUCACCUACGAGGGCAUCUCCUUCUAUUGA